UGGUCUCAAUGCUUCCGGGUUGGCAUUGCGGUGGCAUUUCCGACUGUGGGAGCUUCGGCUUCCCAGUCGUCCGAUGAGCCCGAGCAGCCGAGUCCCUUCCCUGUCUUUCACUCUCCUGGCAUCGGUGGUUUUACUUCUUCGAUUGAACCCUGCUUCUCGACCCCCUUGGGAGGCCGCCUCCUUCAGGCGCCUCCCUUCUCUCCACGAACUCGCUCUGACAGCUGAGGAACUGGCAAGAUCCGGCUACCCAGAGGGUGAAUGGGUAUCUUUCCCGGAAUAAUCCUAAUUUUUCUAAGGGUGAAGUUUGCAACGGCAGCAGUGAUUGUAAGCGGACACCAGAAAAGUACCACUGUAAGCCAUGAGAUGUCUGGUCUGAAUUGGAAACCCUUUGUAUAUGGCGGCCUUGCCUCUAUCGUUGCUGAGUUUGGAACUUUUCCUGUGGACCUUACUAAGACAAGACUUCAAGUUCAAGGCCAAAGCAUCGAUGUCCGCUUCAAAGAGAUAAAAUACAGAGGGAUGUUUCAUGCCUUAUUCCGAAUUUAUAAAGAAGAAGGUGUAUUGGCUCUGUAUUCAGGAAUUGCCCCUGCUUUACUAAGACAGGCAUCAUAUGGCACCAUUAAAAUUGGCAUUUACCAAAGCUUGAAACGAUUAUUUGUAGAACGUUUGGAAGAUGAAACUCUUCUAAUUAAUAUGAUCUGUGGGGUAGUGUCAGGAGUGAUAUCUUCCACUAUAGCUAACCCCACCGAUGUACUAAAGAUUCGAAUGCAGGCUCAAGGAAGCUUGUUCCAAGGGAGCAUGAUUGGCAGCUUCAUUGAUAUAUACCAACAAGAAGGCACCAGGGGUCUGUGGAGGGGUGUCGUCCCAACUGCGCAGCGUGCUGCCAUUGUUGUGGGAGUAGAACUUCCAGUCUAUGAUAUUACAAAAAAGCAUUUAAUAUUGUCAGGGAUGUUGGGAGACACAAUUUUAACCCACUUUGUUUCCAGCUUUACAUGUGGCUUGGCUGGGGCUCUGGCCUCUAACCCAGUUGAUGUGGUGAGAACUCGCAUGAUGAACCAGAGGGCAAUUGUGGGACACGUGGACCUCUACAAAGGCACUUUGGAUGGAAUUUUAAAGAUGUGGAAACAUGAGGGCUUUUUUGCACUCUAUAAAGGAUUUUGGCCAAACUGGCUUCGACUUGGACCCUGGAACAUCAUUUUUUUUAUUACGUAUGAGCAGCUCAAGAGGCUUCAAAUCUAAGGAGUGAAUCACGUGUGAGCCCAGGCCCGCCAAUCUUUGUACUCCCUGCCCCCUUUUUUCCUGUGUUCUAAUGUAUUUUGAAAAUGUUUCAAGUGUUUGCUAAACCUGUGGCCCCCCAAGGGCUUCCUGAUUGAAGAACAAUACAGUGGUUCGCUAAUGUUUAUGUGUUUGUGUUACCAUGUUAACUUUUCCCAGAAGGAAGUGUUAACGUUGAGACUCUGGCCCCAGACUGGUAUCUUCUAUGAAGAUGGACACUGAUGGAUAAUUUUCAGGAUGGUUGUCUUUCAAAUGUGGGUUAAAUGUAGUUGGUAGCCCCAGAUGUGGGUUAGAGCAGAAGGCAUAGGCCAGAGCAGUUAAGCUGUGAAUGUUACAGACCUCAGUUCUCAUUAAAGUAUUUAUUGGAAAAAUUAC